UCGACGUGGCGCUUGGUUUGCCCCCAAAGUCUGGGUACCAGGCCACUCCGCCGAAGGCCUGUCGAGCUUGUGCGCCUGUCAUGCCAUGGACGCUGUGGGGCUAAGAUUGCCGCCCAGCGCGACGGUGAAGGACCUUUCCAGGAGUGCGCAUAGCACCAGCACCUUGGAUCAGCUACGACACACGCCGACAGCAGCCUCCUUCGAUGGGCUGGAAGGAGCAGCAAUAGCGGACGAGGCAGAUGAGGCUGAAGUUCCACGAAGGGCAAGAUUGAAGCAGGUGACUGGCAACGCCAAGGAGGGCCUCAAGGACUUCUUCAGCGACUGGUUCGGCGCGCGGCGCCUGCAGCACGAGGAGUCGCUCGGACCCAAGGCUGAGCAGGUUUCGGUGCUGGGCAAGGCUGAAGACAAGUCCCAGCGGCGCGCAAACUUCCAGGUGGUCAAGGGGCGUCGCAAACGUGGGCCGCCUACAAGCCGCACGCAGGUGGCAGACUAUCGUGAUGCAACCCAAAGAGAGCUGAAGGGCGUGGGCUGGGGCGGCCCGCCCAUCAAGCGGCCCAAGAUCAAGGACAAUAAGGAUGUGACAAAGGCUCAGCAAAUGCAGCUGGACUUCACCGGACAGGAGGAGGAGGAGCAUGAAAGCCUCGCUGACAUGCUGGAGGGGCAGGUGCAUGAAGAGGACACCGAGUUCUUUGUCAUGCAAAGCUUUCCGACGUUUACGCUGAUCCAGUCGGUGCUCAUCUUCUUGAGCUACCUCGUGCUGGCGGUUGCGUCGGGCACGAGCCCGGCGGGGCUGGAAACCUUCUUCCCCGGGCAGACGGAUCUGGCGCUGGCGGGGCCUGGGUGCCAGGACUUGAGGUUUCAACUCUGGCGGCCGAUCACAUACCAGUUCUCCCACAGCUCCUUCACGCACAUGCUCGGCAAUGUCCUGUUGCUCGUGAUGUGCGGCAUCAACUUGGAGGGCUUCCAUGGCAGCCUGCGGCUCUUCUGGAUGUUCGAGAUUGGGGUCCUAGGCGGUGCAGGGUGCGUCUAUGUCUUUGACAGCCACGCUCGCGUGCUGGGCAUGUCUGGGGGCGGCUACGCGUUGCUGGGCAUGCAGCUGGGGGACGUCUUGCUGAACUGGGAGCGGAAGAGCGCCGUCUACAGGCUGAUCUUCAUCUUCCUCCUCGCGCUAGUGGAGGUCAUGCUGUACUUCUUGAACCCUCAGGAGGAGAUCAGCUAUUCCGCGCAUGCGGGCGGGGGGGUGGCGGGCUUGCUGCUGGUCCUGGUCUUCGGGCGGAACCUCAGCGUCAAGACCUACGACUGCGAGACCCAGGUGAUCCGGGUGGCCAAGGUCCUGCUAGCGGGUCUGGCCAUCUUCUGCAUCUGCUGGGCCCUGAUCCACUGGCCCCCCAUGAGCCUGCUUGAGCAGGUGCCCUACUGCUGGGCAGCGCAGGUCAGCAACGAGACCUUCUUCGGGGACACGGACCUUCACUGCGUCCGCUGCGACGGGGCCGCCUGCAUCGCCCGCUGGUCCGCCCCGCUGCAGAACGAGUCCCGCGUGGUGAGCCCCGGGUCAUGUCGCAGCUGGGCGGUCACUGAAAGAUGACGCAAGCGGAGAAAUAAUUCAGGCGCAGGUUUCACCGUAGACAGGGAUGCACAUCGGCUUUGUGUCGAUGAAGGAGGGUUGUUUUAGAGUAGGGCUAGGGGCUG